AUGGAUCGCCCCGAGCCAGGACUCGUCAAAUGGUCGUCCAACCCUUCUUAUGACAACUUCAUUCAUAUCAACCUUCAGCAUCGCGUGGUCCAAGUUUAUGAACCGACUGGUCAUGCAAGAGCGGGACGGUUCGAUUAUCAGAAGCUUACUCGUCACGAUGACUUCCCGCCUCUCACGACUUACGACUGGUCACCGACUAACCCCGGCCUUCUCGCUGUUGGCACUGGAAGUGGCAUCGUAAACUUGCUGAGGAUUGACGAUGGUUCCAAUGCAUAUGUUGAGCUGGGCCUCAAAAUGUCCCGCACAUGCCAGGCCGUUGCGUUCAAUACUACAGGCUUGUUAGCGGUGGGCCUUGACAGGGUCCGAAUGGACCAAUGUCUUCAUAUCUGGGACGUUAGCCGACUGUCUUCAAUAGACAAGAACACGAAAGGCUUUCCUUCGGAUGCAACUAAUAUUGCUGACCCAAAACAUCGUCUGGAGCCCAGCGUCUCUGUAUCGAGUAUCAAGUUUUUUGAGGAUAGCCCUCAAACUCUUGUGGUUGGUAUUAAGGCCCAAGGCCUCCGAAUACAUGAUCUUCGCGAUCCUGGAAGCAUUGUGACAUUCCAGACCAAAUGUAACAAUAAUCUCACAAUCGACUAUGCUGAUCAGAAUUACUUUGCUUCAUCCGCACUCGAUCAUCCUGGUGUAAUGAUAUGGGAUCGGAGAGCCACAACACGCCCUGUGGCUUCCCAUGCGUACAUGCAAGCAAUCGAGGAGGACGAACUUCCAUGGGGUGGAGCAUUACGUCUCGAUCGAGUGAUUGAGACAGACUCCGAUCCCUUCUUGGCAGAAGGAAAGUAUUCUUUAGUCCGCUCUCUUCGUUACUGUCGUGACCACCGCGGCUUACUUGCUGUCCUAUCGCGUACUGGACAGCUCAAGGUCUUGAACACUAACAAAGAAACCCCGUCUUCCGGUUCAAGUAAUCCAGAGCUUCUGCAAGUCCAAAAGUCGUACGAGAUGGACGUCUCCUAUGUUGAAACAUCAAGAAAGAACGACCGAAUUGUUGCUUUUGACUGGGUGACAUUGAGCUCACCAGUACUACGUCCACGAUUACUUGUUCUACGAGCAAAUGGGAACUUUGAGAUCCUGGAACAGCCAUCGCAGACUUCGGAUCACGUCUACAAACUCGUUCCAUGGAAAUCACCACAUCGUGGGCUUGAAGAGGGAGCGCCGUAUCGAAGCAUAAUGCAGUUCGAGCCCGCGCAGGCCCCUGACAUUCUAGGGCCCCUACUCAUCGAAGAAGCGCUAUCGGACGUACCUCUUUUCGGGUCAGAUAGCGCAAGUAUUCGGGUAGACACAGAAGCGGCACUAAAGGCGAACAGUCUGUCUUCAGUUGUGAUAGAGGACGUCGGAGCCACGUCAAGACCAUUACCUGAAGCCUUCCACAAAGCAUCUACAGUGGCACCUAAAAUUAGAGCCCUACGUGCAUUUGUCAGAGAUGAGUUUCAAGCACCCAAAGGUAUCAAGCCCCGUGCUGGCGAUACCAAGAUCGUGCAAAGUGAAACGAGCGAGAUGUCUUUGGCUUCAGACAGUUUAGGGUCUUGUCGAGAGAUACACGAUGCCUUAUUAGCUUCACUCGCUGAGGCUGAAGGUCUGCCCAGAGAAGCACAGAGCGUGCUUGAUCACGCGAUGCUGCUGCGUGCCAAAGAGAAAUAUCUCUUUGAUCCUGUGGCAAACAGAGAUAUUGUAGCGGAUGACCCUUGGGUCAAGUAUGUGUGGGACUGGGUUGCCAGUGCUGAACAUUUCGCCGACGAUGGAGGCAUGAUUCUGUCCAAUAUUGACAUGAGCUACCUGGGAGUCCAUUCAAUAUGGACCAACAAUCUCGGCCGGGAACCUUCCACUCGUCUACCCCCAGGCACCGCACCUCCUGACCGUUCGACGUGGGAACGCAGCAUUGCGAAUUUCUGCAAGAAGCAGCAUCUUCCUAAAUUCGAUGGAGCGGCUACUAAGUGGCCCGCCCUUCGUCAGCUCUGCCUGGAUGUGUCAGGUUGGGGAGAUUCAGAAAAGCAUGAUCCCAAAGGCCGUAACCGCAAGGCGGAUCCAGAGUAUCCUACCACCAUUCAUACCAUGGCGGCUGCUCGAGCUUUGUUCACGGGUGACCACAAGGAAGCUAUUCAGAUUCUCAAGAAAGCCAGCACCGCACACCCAGAACUGUUAUUUGUGUCCCUAGCUCUACAGCUCAUGGGUGGUGGGGAUAGUACACUGGCCAAAGAACAGCUUGAUUUUGACGAAGCAGUCGCCUCAAAGACUGACCCCUAUUUGCGGGCUAUCUCAUCACUCAUUGCAACUGGUGAUUGGACGGCCAUAGCCAGCCAACUUUCUCUCCCCUUAUCAGAUCGCGUGUAUAUCGCUAUACGCAAUUUCGACGAUGAUCAUCUCACCAAGUGGCUCAACGAGCAGAUUGAUCUGGCGAUAGCAGAUGGAGACAUAGAAGGCAUUGUCCUUACCGGUAUUACUGAGCCCAUGGUCGACAUAUUUGCUCGUUACAUACAAAAGUUCCAUGAUGUCCAAACAGCAACGUUGGUCCUGUCUAUAUGUGCACCUCGCUAUAUUGACGAUAUACGCUGCCGGGCGUGGCGCAACGCAUACCGAGCCCAUCUUCAACGUCACAAACUUUUCUUCCAGCGUACAAAAUUCGAUGUUGAGUCUACGAAACGUUCCAAACGGGACGGCAUCCCUAAACUCAAGCCACCCUCUCGCCAAAUCGCCCUCCGCUGCGUUUUCUGCGACGCCGAGACAUCUCUUGCAAAUAAUGCCAGCCACCCUCCCCACCUUGGAGGUGGCCCUGCUGCACAAGCAGCAUCAGCGCUCGAGUCUCGUAACCCGCUCCUCGCGACGAGCAUCAACGCAGGUGUAAGCUGCCCCAACUGCGGUCGACAUCUCCCAAGAUGUGUAGUGUGUCUCGAGAUUGUCGGUGUACCGCGCUCUGACAAGCCGGAGGAGAAAAGUGAAGCCAAGAUGGCCGGACAGUUCCCAACAUUCUGUCUUCGCUGCGAACAUGUUUUGCACCUUGACCAUGCUCGGCAGUGGUUUGCUAGACACGCCGAGUGUCCGGUGCCCGAGUGUCGAUGCCGGUGCAAUUUCAGGGCUAAUCCCGAGUUGAAUUAUCGUUAG